AUGGCGCAGCAAAAAAAUGCAGACGGCCCAAAAUUAAAAGCGAAGGAGAUAAUCAAGAUUAUAUCAGAAGAGAGUGGCGUAGGGCAAAGGACAGUGAGUGUUACUCUAUCGGAAUACCGAAAUAAAGGCAGUGUAUCAUCACCUAACAAAACCAAAGUUCGACCAACUGUUACGGAAAAAGUUGAUGAUUUUGAUCAAGAUGCCAUUCGGAAAAAAGUCCACGAGUUUUGGCACAGGCGAGAAAUUCCAACUCUAAAGAAAAUUUUAACUGCAGUCAACAAAGAUACAACAUUACCAAAUUUUUCAGAAACAUCAUUACGUAGACUUUUAAAACAUCUUAAUUUUGAGUAUGUUCGAAAAUCUCGUAAUAGCGCUCUUAUCGAGAGAAUCGAUAUUGUAUGUUGGCGUCGAAGGUACUUGCAGGCUAUAAAAGAAUACCGUCAGUUAGGUAGACCCAUCUAUUAUCUGGAUGAGACAUGGGUGAAUGCUGGUGAAACCACUUCGAAAACAUGGGUCGAUAAAACUGUUAAUUCACCACGGGACGCAUUUGUUAGAGGACUAACGACGGGACAAAAGGAACCGUCCGGUAAAGGAAAACGUCUCAUCGUGGUACACAUAGGUUCAUCUGACGGCUUUGUUGUUGGUGGACUAUUAUGUUUUGAAUCCAAAAAAAAUACAGGCAAUUACCACGAUGAGAUGAACGGUGAUACCUUUUAUGACUGGUUCGCUAACAUUUUACCGCUACUUCGUGAGAAUGCAGUUAUAGUGAUGGACAACGCGUCGUAUCAUUCCGUGAAUAAGCACACGUUUCCGGUAAGAUCUUGGAAAAAACAAGACAUCAUUGAUUGGUUGACAGAUAAAGGUGAGGUAACAGAUCAAACAAUGGUCAAGGAACAACUGUUGGAACGGGUGCAAAUUUUAAAACCACAAUUUAACGAAUAUGUAAUAGAUGAAUUGGCGAAAUCUGCAGAUAAAACAGUGUUACGGCUACCCCCGUAUCACUGUGAAUUAAAUCCCAUAGAACUGGCAUGGGCAUCAGUGAAAAAUUACGUCAAAAUGAACAACAGCACUUUUAAAAUGAAUGACGUUAAGAAAUUAUUAGAAGAAGGAGUCGAACGGGUUACGCCAGAUAUGUGGAAGAACUUUGUUGACCAUAUCAUUAAGGUGGAAGAAAAAUUCUGGCAGGUAGAUUUUAUAUCCAACGAAUUGUUAGAUGCUGAAGUGACAUCACACGUCCUUACAAUUACGGGUGACACGAGUGAUUCAUUUUCCGACUCCAAUUCAAUAAAUGAUUAA